CGACAGCUUAGAAUCGUCAUGAUCUACUACAGAGUAGUUAAGUCUAGAUAUCACUCCCUCGAAUCCUCCGAUCACUAUCGAUUUGGAUGGCCUCCAUAAAUUUCGACAGGUGCAAGCGCGCGCGACUACUUCUCUAAGUUAUCAUGAACCAAAAUCAUUGCUACCAAGAACCACAUUCACAUCCCUGCCUAUAUUAGAGCAGCCCCUGCUGGAUCAGCCAGUUCAACACAGUUCGACAAGCAGUCAAGCACCGACACACCAGUAAGCUAUCAACGCUGCGAUGGCGACGCCACCCACGCUGGUUCUCCUCCCGGAGUGGGGCGCGGGGCACCUCAUGUCCAUGCUCGAGUCCUGCAAGCGCGUCCUCCUCAGCGGCGGCCGCGCCUUCUCCAUCACGCUCCUCGUGAUGCGCCCGCCCACCGCCGCGGCCACCUCCGAGGUCGAGGCGCACGUCCGCCGCGAGGCGGCCUCGGGCCUCGACAUCCGCAUCCACCGCCUCCCCGCCGUCGAGCCCCCCGCCGACGCUGCCGGAGUCGAGGAGUUCAUCGCGCGGUACAUCGAGCUCCACGCGCCGGGCGUCAGGGACGCCGUGGCCGGCAUGUCCUGCCCCGUCGCCGCGCUCGUGCUCGACCUGUUCGCGGCGCCCAUGGUGGACGUGGCCCAGGACCUCGGCGUGCCCUCCUACGUGUUCAUGUCUUCCACGGGCGCCAUGCUCGCGCUCAUGCUCCACCUGCCCGUGCUCCACGAGGCGGUGACCGUGGAGUUCGAGGAAGUGGAGGGAGGAGUCGUGCACGUGCCCGGGCUGCCGCCUAUACCGCACGAGUGGAUGCCGUGCCCCGUGGUGGACAAGAAGAGCCCCAACUACACGUGGUUCGUGCGCCUCGGGGAGCGCUUCAUGGACGCCACGGGGAUCAUCGCGAACACCGCGGACGAGCUCGAGCCGGGCCCGCUCGCGGCCAUCGCCGAAGGUCGCGCCGUGCCCGGACGCCCCGCGCCGCCCGUGUACCCCAUCGGCCCCGUGCUCUCGCUCGGUAGCAGUAGUAGCAAGAAGGAAUCCUCCUCCGGGCCGCCGCACGCGUGCGUCGCCUGGCUCGACGCGCAGCCAAGGGCGUCGGUGGUGCUCCUCUGCUUCGGGAGCAUGGGCUGGUUUGAGGCGGCACAGGUAGUUGAGAUCUGCGCGGCGCUCGAGCGGUGCGGCGCCCACCGCUUCCUGUGGGUCCUCCGAGGCCCGCCCGGCGCGGACACGGGCGCCGGCGCGCCGGACGGGUCGGAGCACCCGACGGACGCGGACCUGGACGAGCUCCUCCCGGAGGGGUUCCUGGAGAGGACGGCGGGUAGGGUCCUCGUCUGGCCGACGUGGGCGCCGCAGAAGGAGAUCCUGGCGCAUGCCGCCGUGGGCGGGUUCGUGACCCACUGCGGGUGGAACUCGGUGCUGGAGAGCCUGUGGCACGGCGUGCCCAUGGCGCCGUGGCCGCUGUACGCGGAGCAGCACCUCAACGCGUUCGAGCUCGUGGCCGACAUGGGCGUCGCGGUGCCGCUCAAGGUGGACCGGAAGCGGGACAACUUUGUCGAGGCAGCGGAGCUGGAGCGGGCGGUGGAGUCCCUGAUGGGCGGCGGCGAGGAGGGGAGGAAGGCGAGGGAGAAGGCCGCCGUGAUGAGAGAUGUGUGCCGCAAGGCCGUCGGCAAGGGCGGCUCUUCUGAGGCUGCGUUGCAGAGGCUCUCCGAGGUGCUUCACGAAGGCGCUCUGCCGAAGGUGUGAACCGUCGAGCAGCGUGGAACGCACUGCGCGGGCGCCUCGCUGGGUAGUCUUGAUCGAGCUCUGGAGAAAUUUUACUUUUCAAAAAAAAAUGAAGAAAAAAUACUAGUGUUCACUGCUACAGGAAUAUGCUCUCAAGGAAAUAUUACAAUAUUGAUUCCAGCCUGGCAUGUGUUCUUUGCUCCUCUCUGAUUGUGAAGAGACACUGGAUCAUCUAUUCCUACAUUGUUCAUUCACUAAGAGAUGUGGCAACAUAUAAAUAUGCAGUGGCCUAGAAACUCCACUUGCCUAGAACCUCUCCCUGGAAUCAAAAGACAAUUUAAUAAGGGUUUUUUAUUUU